UUGAUUCAUGACACUAACUUGAGAUUCAUUCUGAAGGGAACAUAUUGACGAUGGAGAAGGACAACAACAAAAAUUGUAGCCAUCUUGAGAUCACGGACGGGAUGGUGGACGUCGAGUUGGCAAAAGAAUUACUCGGUAUGAGUGUUGAUGAUCGGAAUAAGCUUCACGAAGAAAUACACGGAGUUCGAUGCCAGGCAGUUAAGGAAACUCCUGAACUCAUUGAGCGAUCGCUCUUGGAAUUUGAUGUAGAACUCAACAAAAUCGCUAAAAAAAAUCAGAAAAAAAGCAGCAGUGAUGAGAACGCAUAUAUGAUUAUGCUCUCACGUCGUAGAGAACUUCUUCAAGAUCAAGACGGAAACGUUCAAAAGAAUCACUAUGCUUUAGAUGAUCCAGCAUUUCGCAUGCGAUUUUUGCGCUGUGAGCUCUUCAUGGCUCGAAAGGCGGCCGAGCGAUUCUGGAAAUACUUGAAUUUCGUUUACGAACAAUGGGGAGAGAUUGCCCUGGACCGGCCUGUUUGUAUGGAAGAUCUCAUGAAUAACAAGGAACACCGAAAGUAUCUCAAAAGGGGACACAUGCAAAUCUUGCCGUUUCGGGAUCGGAGUGGGCGGAGAGUGCUUGUGCACUUGGGCAAUGCGCUUCGAGGAGUUGACCCUAUAGUGUUGAGCAAAGUUAUUUUUUUCUUGUAUGAUAGCUGCACCAGAGACUGUAUCGAAAGCCAACAAGCGGGAAUCGUUGUUGUAAAUGAGUUCCAAAGCUGGGACAUAAAUGUAGCGAAAUUCUUCUCCAUGGAGGCAUUGGGAAUGAUGACCCGGUCUCUCGAAUGUCUUCCCACUCGAUUAGUCACGCAACAUAUGUGCGUUUCUAACACUCCUGGCUCUAGAAUGAUCGUGGAUUUAUUUUUUUUGCACGGAUAUAGAGACAAGAGAACCAAGGUGAAUAUGCUAUUUCACCGGGGUUCCGUGCAGGAGACAAGGUACAGUGUUCGAUCUUWUGGAAUUCCGACGCAACUCUUUCCCAUGACGGMGACAGGAAACAUCAAAUUGGUUUACCUUAACCAAUGGAUUAAAACAAGAUUAAUUCUCGAACAACAGGAGCACAUACAACGCCUGAAACUGGGCACAGAAUCGUAUCUAAAGGGAAAAGAUAAAUCUGGUCAACAAGAACAAAGCACCUUGGCAAACCAUGUUGACAACACAAGCAYCGAUGGCAAUGAAGAUCCAAAUAACAUUCCAAUGGAAAUAGAGCAGAAGAAAUCUGCUCGAGAGGACCGACAAGUCAUCGUGGAGUGCCCGUGUCUAAAUGACGUCGUCUUUCGGCAGGGAACACCAUCAUGGGRUAAUCCUGGCAAUGCGACUUUUCGCCAACUCAUGUUGGACCAUUUCGCAAAACAGGAGCUGUUGAAACGCAACACAAAUGAAGGUUGUACUAGUGAAAGCGAUGAUUGUGUUCUGAAAAACGCKAACUCAAACGCUCAUGCCAAUGACAACUUAGUCUUCUGCGAUUGGCUCAUGGACGAAAUAGAAGUAAAACGAGGAGGACGAUWUCUCGGAUGGGACAAAGAGCGAGUGGCUUGGGUCCAAAUGAAAACCGAUCAAGAAAAACAACUAGCCAAGAUUCGGCAAAAAGUUUUCAUUGCCAUAUACAACUGCGGUAGAAACUUUAAUUCAGCUUUACAUCUACCGGUACAGAACCAGAAUGUGAUCGGGCAGUUACGAAGUAGCAGCAGGAAUGAUAAUUUGAACACGACAACACACACUACUAAAGCGAAUCGUCCGGCAAAACAUUUAACAAUGGACAAUAGCUACGGGAACCGUGGUGACAGUGGCGAUGAGUCAUUGCAGUACCAGUUCCUGAAUGAAGGGAAAAGAGCAUCUCCACCGAACGGCACUUUCUGCUUAAGUGUUUGCAAGAGAGCUAGUAAGAUGCCGAAGAAAAGUGGAAAUCAUCCUUGACGAUCGGCUGGCUGCCUUAAUGUAGUAGAAGCAGCAAGCAGAUAUUCGAAAGACAAUGGUAAUGCCCGUAAGUGAAGAAUGCAUGGUUCGUUCGAACAAACUUUGAUUCGCACUCAUGCGUAUGCACGUCUGGGUGUGUUUGUUCUUGGAACUGUCUAGGUUGCGAAGGUGUAAUUAUGUUUCAUCGAGCUACUACUGGUACUACCCAUCAAUUUUUUCCACUCUGCGCCUCUUCUUCGUGAUCAAUAAAGUCUUCAACUUUGUGACAGAAAAGAAACGGGGAUCUAAAAAAUAAAUACAUUAAACAAGGUAUUAGACG